GCAGACUCCUCCUUCGCCUGCUAACCUCUCGCGGAGUGCUGGGCAUGUCUCUGGCCCGGUGCGUGUAGACUGCCCGAGAGCAGAGCGGAGUGCGCUUCCGGUGGGGAUACUGUGGGGUCGCUGACCCACUUGGGGAUGCUAUCGGCAGAGAGGCUAAGGAAGGAGAACCCGAUGCUGCGCUGGACCAGGACUCUGCUCCUUGCAGCUGCUGUUGCUGCAGCUGCUGCUGAGGCUACAGCAGAAGAGAUGUGUAGCAGGAACGAGUUCCGGUGCCAGGACGGGAAAUGUAUUGCCAGGAAGUGGGUUUGUGAUGGCAGAACUGAGUGCCCAGACGGCUCUGACGAGUUUCCAGAAACAUGCGUGUCUGUCACCUGCAAAUCUGAGGAAUUCAGCUGUGGGGGUCGUGUUAACCGCUGUAUUUCUAAGUCCUGGCAAUGUGAUGGACAGACAGACUGUGAGAACGGCUCAGAUGAACAAGACUGUGCUCCCAAGACAUGCUCCCAAGAUGAAUUCCGCUGUCAAGACAGCAGGUGCAUUUCCCAAAAGUUCUUAUGUGAUGGGGACCAGGACUGCCUGGAUGGCUCCGACGAGACCUCCUGCCCAGCUACCACCUGCGGCCCUGCCAAGUUCUACUGCGACUCCUCCUGCAUCCCUAAGCUGUGGGUCUGUGAUGGCGACCCGGACUGUGAGGAUCAUUCAGAUGAGUGGCCACAGCACUGUGGAGGCCAUGACACAUCUGCACGCCAUGGGGACAGUAGCCCCUGCUCCUCACUUGAGUUCCAUUGCCAUAGUGGAGAAUGCAUUCACAUCAGCUGGGUCUGCGAUGGUGGGGCUGACUGCAGGGACAAGUCGGAUGAGGACAAUUGCGCUGUGGCCACCUGCCGCCCUGAUGAGUUCCAGUGUUCAGAUGGUGCCUGCAUCCACGGCAGUCGGCAGUGUGACCAGGAAUACGACUGCAAGGACAUGAGUGAUGAGCUUGGCUGCAUUAACGUGACGCUGUGUGAGGGGCCAGACAAAUUCAAGUGCCACAGUGGUGAAUGCAUCACCAUGGACAAAGUAUGCAACUCUGCCCGGGACUGCCGGGACUGGUCAGACGAACCCAUCAAGGAGUGCAAAACCAAUGAAUGUUUGGACAACAAUGGAGGAUGUUCCCAUAUCUGUAACGACCUCAAAAUCAGCUACCAGUGCUUGUGUCCCAAUGGGUUCAGGCUGGUGGACCAGCACAAAUGCCAAGAUAUUGAUGAGUGCCAGGAGCCGGACACCUGCAGCCAGCUGUGUGUGAACUUGGAGGGCAGCUAUAAGUGCGAGUGUGAAGCGGGCUUCCAGAUGGACCCCCGCACCCAGGCCUGCAAGGCCAUAGGUUCCAUUGCCUACCUGCUGUUCACCAACCGCCAUGAGGUACGAAAGAUGACCCUGGACCGUAGUGAGUACACCAGCCUCAUCCCCAACUUGAAGAGUGUGGUUGCCUUGGACACUGAUGUGGCCACCAACAGAAUCUACUGGUCAGAUCUGUUGCAAAGGAAGAUCUACAGCGCCCAGAUAGAUGGAGCCCCCAGUUUACCCUAUGACACAGUUAUCGGUGGGAACCUCGAGGCUCCAGAUGGGCUGGCAGUGGACUGGAUCCAUGGAAACAUCUACUGGACUGAUUCUGUCCUGGGCAGUGUGUCUGUGGCUGACACCAAGGGUGUGAAGAGGAGGAUGCUGUUCCAAGAGGAAGGUUCCAAGCCCAGGGCCAUUGUGGCCGACCCUAUGCAUGGCUUCAUGUACUGGACAGAUUGGGGGAUACCUGCUAAGAUCAAAAAAGGGGGUCUGAAUGGUGUGGAUAUCUACUCGUUGGUGACCGAAGACAUCCAGUGGCCAAAUGGCAUCACGCUGGACCUUUCUAGUGGCCGCCUCUAUUGGGUGGACUCCAAACUCCAUUCCAUCUCCAGCAUUGAUGUCAAUGGGGGACAUCGGAAGACCAUUUUAGAGGAUGAGAAGCAGCUGGCCCACCCCUUCUCCUUGGCCAUCUAUGAGGACAAAGUGUUUUGGACCGAUGUCAUGCAUGAAGCCAUUUUCAGUGCCAAUCGCCUCACGGGUUCAGAUGUUAAUUUGGUGGCUGAAAACCUGCUGUCCCCGGAGGACAUGGUCCUGUUCCACAAUGUCACACAGCCAAGAGGAGUGAACUGGUGUGAGAGAACAACCCUCCCCAAUGGUGGCUGCCAGUACCUGUGUCUACCAGCCCCACAGAUCAACCCACACUCCCCCAAGUUCACCUGUGUGUGCCCAGAUGGUAUGGUCCUGGCCAAGGACAUGAGGAGCUGCCUCACAGAAGUCACCACUGUACCAACCACCCAGGGGAUAUCCACCAUCAGGCCCCUGGUCACCACUGUGGCUAUGGGGACAGAACGCAAGGAUGACCAGACAACUUCUAGCACCUCUGGACCUCCUGCCAACAUCUCCAGGCUCAGCACAGCGGAGUCAGUGACAAUGUCCCAUCAAGUCCUGGGUGACAGUCCUAGCAGAGGGAACCAGGAGCAGCCAACGGGAGUGGGAGUUCUGUCUAUUGUCCUCCCCCUGGUGCUGGUCGUGCUCCUGAGCUUCGGAACCUUCCUGCUCUGGAAGAACUGGCGGCUGAGGAACGUCAACAGCAUCAACUUUGACAAUCCUGUGUACCAGAAGACCACAGAGGAUGAGGUCCACAUUUGCCGCAGUCAGGAUGGCUACACCUACCCCUCGAGACAGAUGGUCAGCCUGGAGGAUGAUGUGGCGUGAACCGUUGCCUGGAGUCCUAUUCCUCCUCAGAAUCAACUGCCACUCAUGGGCAGAAAGGACACUUUCUCUGCAGUCCUUGGACUGUCCACCUCCCUGCCCAAGACAGACCCUGCUGUCCGGAUGGCUCCCUGUGCUGCUCACAGCAAGAUUGGCCCAAAGGCCUUCAGUGGCCUAUCUGCCCCAGCUCUGUUUUAUAUAUUUAUUUGUCUGGGAUGCAGAACAGGCUGAAGUUGGUGCCAAUGACAUGGAUUCCACUUGUGGCUUUCAUCUCUUUCCUUGGAGAGGGACCAGAAGCCCCCAGGCACUGAGUUGUCCUCUCAGUCCCCCUCUGCUGAAUUCUCCCGUCUCUGUUCUACAAGAUGAACGAAGGAAGGACGGGUGGGACCUAGCAGAGAGGUGGGCAGCCUUGAACAGAUGACAGCAGGUGCGAGAGAUGGUCCCAGGCAUGGCUGGUUUCAUGCACCCCAUGCCACACCUCUAAACUCAGGAUUCCACACAGUUACCUCCAUCCUGUGAUCCUUGCCAGUUAGCCUGGGCUCCACCACCCUGAAUCAGGUCUUUCAUGCUGGGCGCAGCCCCUAUGGAAGUCAGGAAAGUGACUCGGUACAGUCGUCACCCAUCUUGACUCUCAGACCAGCGGCUGCCAUGGAUUGAUACCAGCUCAGCCUUCGCCACAGUCACCCAUUACUAGAGGAACAAGCCUGAGUCACCAGUCCCGUUAAUACUUCUGAAGUGCCUGAGACACCCGGUUACCUUGCUCAUGGGCCAUAGCAUCUGCUUGGCGUCUCCUGCAUCCAGAUGUGGCUCCUGGACCUCAGUCCCACCUGGCCCUAGCCCGUCCAUGUGGGACUUGCACUUGUCUCUCCUCGCACUUUUCCAGUUCAGGGUUGGACAUUUGGACUGUCAUGUUGCACUGUUGUGUGGUGUGGUGUGUGUGUGUGUGUGUGUGUGUGUGUGUGUGUGUGUGAUGGGGUGGGACUACCAGUCAGAGGUCCUCUGUGGUGACCACAAGAGACAUGAAGGGAGACAGCACGUGGAUUGUGCUGCAAUGGUCUGGAUGGUUACUUCGUUCCUUCUGUGUUGUUUUGUUACUCGGUGCAAGGGAUGGAACCUAGGGCCUCUGCACUGUGCAAGUGCUCUACCACUGAGCCACAUUCCUAGCCCGCUUCCCUUUUGGAAAAAAAAAUCUGCUUGGGUAGUGUUUCCACUUCUAGGCAAACACCUCAGAGCUAUUUAUCACCCCAAUAU